AUGGCCUCCAUGGGGAUACAGAUGCUGGCCAGCGCCCUGUGCCUCCUGGGUUGGGCAGGGGUCAUCAUCAGCUGCAUCCUGCCCAUGUGGCGGGUCACGGCCUUCGUGGGGACUACCAUCGUCACCUCGCAGACCAUCUGGGAGGGCAUCUGGAUGACCUGCGUGGUGCAGAGCACGGGGCAGAUCAUGUGCAAACCGUACGACUCUCUCCUGGCGCUCAGCAGCGACCUGCAGGCCGCCAGGGCCCUCGUCGUGCUCGCCGCCGUCACGGGCGGCGCGGGCCUCGUCCUGGCCUUCGUCGGGGGGAAGUGCACUCGCUUUUUGGACGAAGAAGGGGGCGGGGUCAAGGGCAAGGUGGCCGUGGCGGCGGGGGCCGUUUUGAUGGUCACGGGGCUGCUGUGUUUGAUUCCCACGUCGUGGACGGCCGGGUCGGUGGUGAAGAAGUUCUACAGCGCCGACAUCGAUGCCCAGCGGAGGGAGAUCGGAGCGUCCAUCUACAUCGGAUGGGGGGCGUCCAUCCUGCUUGUGCUGGGAGGGGGGUUGUUCAUCAGCUCCGCGUGCCCCCUCAAUGCCCACAACACAGACAAGAGCCCCUCGGUCCGCUACCUGGUGGUCCGCUCCUCCAACGGGUCCAGCAGGGUCGCUCAACCCAUCAGAGUACCGGCGUCCACGUCUCAGCCUGCGGGGGCGGGGCCUCCCAGGUCUCAAAGCCACGAUGGAUCGUCCACGAAGCCGCCGGUGUACGCCAGGCCUCCGUGGGAGGACGGGCCCGAGCCGGACUCGAGAGCGGAGUCGGAGGGAUCGUCGACGAAGUCUCAGAAGAAAAGAGCGGAGUCGACAAAGUCCGAAAACAGCGAGGCGCCGUCGACAAAGUCUCAGCUGAAACGAGCAGAAAUGGAAGAGGUGUUAUCAGUUGAGAGUGAGAACGACGACGCCUUCUCCAAUCCAACAAGAACAUACUUAUGAUAUGACAUUCAUACUUCGGAUAUGACAUUCACAUGUUGAUAUACGCUCUUAUGUUGAACACACAAUGCAGAGGUUUUGCAUAUCGGUGUUAUUUAGGAGUAUAAGUUUACUUAUUUUGUGACAAUGUACUGGGGAAUAGUAGUCCAUUGUGUCGAUAUGGUUUUCUUUAUACUUGAUACAUGUUUAUUGAUACAAAGACAGAAAGAAGGAUGCAUGGGCUACAUUCUCAAGAGGAGAAUAGCAGUUUUACAUUGUUGUGUGCACUGAAAAUGAAUUGAAAACCAAACACAAUAACAAACUAAAUCCAGGUGGAAGUGAA